AUGGAAAAGGCAAAAGAAUUUCUUGAAAAAUUUGCAACAAUUGAAGGAUUAGAUCUCGUAUCACGACUCAAUUUCCCUCCUCACAAACCCCAUAUAGAUUCAAGCUUCUACGAGUAUUUCGUCCUCAGAGGCAUCCGAGUCGACCGAGUCCAACCCGGUUCCAUCGCUUGCUCUUUCAAAGUGCCCCAUCGCCUCACUAAUAAGGAUGGGAACUUAGUUCCUGGCGCUAUUGCCACUUUGGUUGAUGAAUUAGGAGCUGCGGUGAUCCACGUUGAGGGACAACCUAUGGAUGUUUCUAUAGACAUGUCGAUAAAUUACCUUUCCAAUGCAAAGAUGGGAGAUGAACUAGAGAUCACCUCAAGAGUCUUAGGUCGGAAAGGUAACUAUUCUGGAACAAAUGUUCUUAUAAGAAACAAAGCAAAUGGGGAGGUGGUUGCUGAAGGGAGGCAUUCAUUGUUCAGUAAACCUGCAAGCAAAAUGUAG